AUGGCUUUUCGCUCAUUCUUUUUAAUCCAUGGAAACCUUCUAGUCAUCACUGGGGCUCGUCAUAGUAUUGUAUUUUAUAUAUACAACACCGUGAUCAAACAAAAGCUGAUGUUUGGUUCUAUUUUCAUUGAACACGAUUUAGAAGGGGGUGAUAACGGACACAAAUCACCAAAAGAGGCAAAUAGCGAUGAGGUAACGGACUUUUGGAAAGGCAUUGAAAGUGACAGAAAUGUCAAGGAAUAUGGAACUGCUCUCGAAAAUUUGGAUAUGUUAUUCACUGUGGAGCGUACAUUGGAACAUAACGAUUAUAUAAAUGAAGUGGGACAACGGCGCAGACAGGUUAUGAAACGUACUUCCGAAAAUUACCAAGAAGAAAAAUUCAUUGACUCAAAUCAAUCCAAUAAAAACAAUUAUUCUUUGAGAAAAAAACCACGUGUAAAUUAUAAUGAGGAAGAAACUUCGCCGUCACCACGCCAACCUGCAGAUAACCUCCCAUUUGAUAACAUUCAUGAAUCUGACGAUUCGGAUACCGGAAUUGAAUCUAAUUGCCCAGCAAUAAUCAACGACGUUAUGGAACUGCAAUUGGGACCAUUACCCCGAAAAGAGUCCAGAUGGCUCGUAAAUGACAUGGAUGUCUCUGAAAAGUGGCAUCUCUUCAAGGAAGAGUCAUUGAAAUUAGCAAAGAGGGAAGGUCUUUUCGUGGAAAGCCACACCCAGCAGAUAUUAUCCUUAUCGCACAUUCUAUUAUUAAAGUCUAAACAACAUUGCCCUAGUAUAGUGGAGCGCCUACAACGAAAAGAAAUCACGAGAGAUGAUGCUGUUUCAGAACUGCAAGUUCUGGCAUUUGGCCGUUCUUAUGGAGAACGUGCAAUUUUGAAGGCCAUAAGAAACAUUAUUGAAAGCGUUCCAAGAGUAACAUUAAAAAGCCCUGUCGGUGAGGUGGAAUUAUGUACUAGUUAUAUCGAUACAAUUCUCUGCCCAAUAUUUUCGGAUCCUGAUAGUGGUGAUGAAGAGUCAAAGGCCAGAAAGUAUAAGGGUAGAGCCAAACAACCAGAUGUCAUCAUUAAUGAGAUAAAUCAGUUAUCUUGGGGUCUAAGUAAAGGACAUGAUGCGAUCGACUUUUAUAACAUGAAUUGUAUGCUCGGAUUUCAGGUUGUUGGACAACAUAUCACAUUCUAUCUCACUACGCUUUUGUGUGACGCCUUAUAUGUUAUGGUGGAAGUUGGUCAUAUUGAUGUGACUAUGUCACUUGAACAGGUUCCUGCCUUCCUCACUAGCCUUGAUACACUUCUCAUCAUAUCUGAUGCGUUUUGGGCUAAUUGUAUUGUGUCUACUGAAAAGAAAGAACCAAGCAGGCGCAGUACUCUUGCAACACCAAGCUUUAGAGAAAUGGUUUCAAAGAGUCGGGAUCGACAUCGACCUUGUCAAUUACGGUUUUAA